AUGUCUACAAGCAGCCUCGCAGCAGGUUACAUCCUACAGGAUGGAUAUCCCUUGGUGGAAGAUUAUGUACACUUGCGCACCGCAUCUGGACUGACGCCGAAAACAGCCCAACAAGCAGCUGUGGCCAUCCGAGGCAGCUGGUAUGGAUGUUACGUCACCGAGGAGACAGCACCAACAAAGGCAGUCGCCAUGGGUCGUAUCAUUGGCGACGGCGGCUGGUACUUCCUUAUCGCAGACAUGGCGACGCUGCCGGAGCAUCAAAGGCGGGGGCUUGGCGAUGCCAUCUUGAAGAAGCUACUGGCGCGGAUCAAGUCGGACGCCUGCCCGGGAACAGCAUACAUCACGUUGGGUGCGGAUCUCCCUGGAAGAAGGCUCUAUGAGAAGAAUGGAUUUAAGGACACGAUGCCUAAGGAGAUGGGCAUGUCUAUUGUCAUGCGGGAUGCCGGUCAAUGA